GUUCUACCCACACUUCUCUCUCUCUCAUAAAAAAUAUUAGUAUUAGUCAAGAAAGAAAAUACAUAGUGGUAAAUGGCAAAGAACGUGAAUAGUGAAGGAUCGUUCACGACCAAAGACUACCAAGAUCCUCCGCCAGCACCACUGAUAGACCCAGAGGAGCUAACCCAAUGGUCUUUUUACAGAGCACUCAUUGCUGAAUUCAUAGCCACUCUUCUAUUCCUUUACAUAACGGUUCUGACCGUCAUUGGUUACAAAAACCAAAGUGCAACGACAAGUGAUCCUUGUGCUGGAGUUGGGGUUCUUGGUAUUGCUUGGGCCUUUGGUGGCAUGAUUUUCGUCCUUGUCUACUGCACCGCUGGUAUUUCUGGUGGUCAUAUAAAUCCGGCAGUCACAUUUGGACUAUUCUUGGCCAGGAAAGUAUCCCUAAUUAGGGCACUCAUGUAUAUGGUGGCUCAGUGUUUGGGAGCCAUUUGUGGCGUUGGAUUAGUUAAGGCUUUCCAAUCAGCUUACUACCACCGCUAUGACGGCGGAGCCAAUAUGCUCUCCGACGGUUACAGUCACGGCGUCGGAUUGUCGGCGGAGAUCAUCGGCACUUUUGUUCUUGUUUACACUGUUUUCUCUGCCACUGAUCCCAAGAGGAAUGCUAGAGAUUCUCAUGUCCCUGUGUUGGCACCACUCCCAAUUGGAUUUGCAGUUUUCAUGGUUCACUUAGCCACCAUUCCGAUUACCGGCACCGGAAUCAACCCGGCUAGGAGUCUUGGCGCUGCCGUUAUCUUCAACCAACACAAAGCCUGGAAAGACCACUGGAUCUUUUGGGUAGGACCUUUCAUUGGAGCAGCCAUUGCAGCAUUCUACCAUCAAUUCAUAUUGAGAGCAGGUGCAGCUAAAGCCCUUGGUUCAUUCAGGAGCAGUUCUCAAGUUUGAUGAUUAUGAAUGAUAAAUUAUUGUUGUACUCUAUUUAUGUCAAUGUUUUGUUUUAGUGGUUUUAAUUUCUAGCUCUCCUUGUCCCAAGUUAUGAUGGUUUAGAAUAUCAUGCGCAAUAGUGGUGUUGUACUUGAGAAUUUGAGAGCCAAAGAUGUGUAGAUUACAAAUGUAUUGUCUUUGGAAAGGGAAUUUUUUUUUUUUUUUUUUUUUUUUUUUUUUUUUUUUUUUGUAUUCCCUUUAUCAUUGACAAUUGACCUUUGGGUCUACACUUUGUGUUUAGGAGUAUCUUUGUAUUUUUCAGUUCUUUAUCUUAAUUCAUUUCACUUUAUGCUUCAGCCCAA